GUCACUCUUUUCCGGUACAAUGCACUAAAUUGUAGCCAAAACGCCCAUUAAUCGAUGUCUUUGAUUUUCGAGAGUAUUUCUUGCACGAGAAAGGAAAUAGAAACCCUCGUGUAGAACCUGUCAGAAUGGCCGAUGUGCACGAAUGUCCUAAGUUGAAAGAGAGUUUUCCAAGAGAGAGGAAUGCGCCUAAAGUGAAACGUAAGAAGUUAUUGUCUUCAGAUUAUAUCAUUAAAAAGAGGCAACCUUUCGGUAGAAGGCAAAAACAGGAUAACGAUAUAUUUAUCACUAAUAAAACAAACUUUAAGGCUCAACUGAAGAAAUGCGAAAAACUCUUAAGCAAUGAUACUUCUGAAGUGAUUAUUCAUGGUCUUGGUGCUACUGUGCAAAGAGCAUGCAACUUGGCUCUGCAAUUAAAGGAGAUUCAUUAUGGUAGUGUAGAAUUAGACACCAGGACUUCUACAAUAUCUAUUAUUGAUGAUUUUGAGCCUCUUGAUGAUAAUGGAAAUUAUGAAACAAUUAAUCGAAAUAACUCUGCAGUACAUAUUCGUGUGUUUAGAAAGUUUUCAUUAGGUGGUCUUAGAUACCAGGAGUAA